AUGGACGAUCGACGAAACACACUACCGGCCCCGUACACCAGACGGCUUUACGGUCCGCGGUCUAGAAAUCAAGCCUAUCUACUCACACAAUCACGCACGGCACACUACUGGUUAUCUAUACAUGGGAAGGCCUACCGCUUCCAGGACGAUGACCCAUGCGCCUGCGGUGACCAAGAAACAGUGACCCACGUUUAG